ACCACCAGCAAAUGGGCUGACCGCCUCCUUCCUGACUUCCAAUUCUUGCCUUCCACCUCAGACUCACCCGACCUCGCCACUUCUACAUCGCCGCCUCCACUCCCUUCCUUUCCCGAGCGCCACGUGUCGGUGCCACUGGACUUCUACCGGGUCCUAGGAGCCGAAUCGCAUUUCCUUGGGGACGGCAUUCGACGAGCCUACGAUGCUAGGGUUUCCAAGCCGCCGCAGUAUGGGUACAGCGACGACGCUUUGAUUAGCCGACGGCAGAUUCUUCAAGCCGCUUGUGAAACCCUGGCUAACCCCAGUUCUAGGGGAGAGUACAAUCAAGGCCUUGCCGAGGAUGAAUUUGAUACCAUUCUCACUCAAGUGCCCUGGGAUAAGGUUCCUGGAGCCUUGUGUGUAUUGCAAGAAGCUGGGGAGACAGAGUUGGUUCUUCAAAUUGGAGGGAGCUUGUUAAGAGAGAGGCUGCCCAAGUCGUUCAAGCAAGACAUAAUUUUGUCAAUGGCACUUGCUUAUGUUGAUUUAUCUAGAGAUGCUAUGGCACUGUCACCUCCGGAUUUUAUCAGAGGUUGUGAGGUGCUUGAGAUGGCGCUCAAACUGCUGCAGGAAGAAGGUGCAAGCAACCUUGCUCCUGACUUGCAAGCACAGAUAGAUGAGACCCUUGAAGAGAUCAGCCCCCGCUGUGUUCUGGAGCUUCUUGGUUUACCACUUGGUGAUGAGUACCAGUCAAAAAGAGGAGAGGGGCUUCUAGGUGUGCGGAAUAUAUUGUGGGCUGUGGGAGGAGGAGGUGCAGCUGCCAUUGCUGGAGGAUUCACUCGUGAAGACUUCAUGAAUGAGGCUUUUCUGCGCAUGACAGCCGCAGAGCAGGUUGAUCUCUUUGCUGCCACGCCAAGCAACAUACCUGCUGAGAGUUUUGAAGUUUAUGGAGUGGCACUUGCCUUGGUUUCUCAAGCCUUCUUAAGCAAAAAACCUCAUCUUAUCCAAGAUGCUGACAACCUUUUUCAGCAACUUCAGCAAACCAAGAUCACAGCUAUAGGGACCUCCUCAUCUGCAUACACUGUCCGAGAAAAUCGCGAAAUAGACUUUGCGCUUGAAAGAGGUCUUUGUUCUCUUCUUGUUGGGGAGGUUGAUGAAUGUCGUGCAUGGCUGGGCUUGGACAAAGAAGACUCACCUUACAGAGAUCCAUCCAUUAUUGACUUUGUGAUAGAACACUCCACGGGUAACCAAGAAGAUGAUCUCCUUCCUGGACUCUGCAAACUGUUGGAGACCUGGUUGAUGGAGGUGGUUUUUCCUCGAUUUAGAGAGACCCAGGAUGUCAGGUUCAAACUUGGAGAUUAUUAUGAUGAUCCAACGGUUUUGAGAUACCUAGAAAGACUGGGAGGUGCUGGACGUUCACCUCUGGCUGCUGCUGCAGCUAUAGCUAGGAUUGGAGCCGAGGCAACUGCUGUGCUUGACAAUGUGAAGGCUAGUGCAAUUCAGGCACUGCAGAAAGUAUUUCCUCUUCGUACUGGGGAAAAGAAUGUCAGACUUUAUGAGGAGAGUGAAAUGAACAGUUAUGAUCUGCCAGUUGCGAGUGAGGAGACUGGAGUUCGUCCUGAUCAAGAUGAUUCCAACAUGUUUGGUGUUCCUCGUUCUAACGGACUACACCAGGAAGAAAUUAUCACUGACAAGAUAAAAGACGCAACUGUUAAGAUCAUGUGUGCUGGUGUGGCAGUUGGUUUGCUGACUUUACUGGGGUUGAGAUUCCUACCAUACCGAAACGACUCUUCCAAUCUACAUAAAGAUGCAGGGACAUCUGUGGCUUCUGAUGUCAUUAAUGUGGGGGCCUCACUAGUUGAAAACACUGAUGAAAUACCACGAAUGGAUGCCAGAUUUGCUGAAAGCCUUGUGCUCAAGUGGCAAAGUGUCAAGUCCCUAGCUCUGGGUCCUGAUCAUUGUCUUGGAAAAUUGUCAGAGGUAUUGGAUGGUCAAAUGCUAAAGAUCUGGACGGACAGAGCUGCAGAAAUAGCUCAGCAUGGCUGGUUCUGGAACUACCAACUUCUCAACCUUAAUAUUGACAGUGUAACUGUAUCAGCUGAUGGUCGCCGUGCUAUUGUGGAAGCAACUCUCGAGGAGUCAGCACAGCUAACUGAUGUUGCUCAUCCCGAGCAUAACGACUCAUAUAGCAUAACCUAUACAACGCGAUAUGAGAUGUCUUGUGCAAAAUCUGGUUGGAAAAUAGUGGACGGAGCUGUGCUCAAGUCAUAAUUCAAUUGUUAAUAAUUUUCCUUGGUGUAAAUGCUAUGUUGUGUACGUUUUGGGGGCUUUGUAUUUAGGUUCACCAUAUUUCUUAAGGGUUUUCCGUCAA